UAAGGGCGUGAAGGGCUUUAAUUUGUGGGGUAAAAUUUAGGAGUAUAAAGAUCUAGUGUGCUCGCCCCUAAAAAGUUUUGAGUCCCUAACUAUUCUAACACCUGAACUCGCCGAUCGCCUCCGUCAGACCCACCACCGUCUUCAUAAGCCCACACUCUCUUCUCACAAUUUUGUUAAUCGCUCUAUGUCUGCGAAUUCGCUAAACGACGUUGCUUCGUGCUCAUCAGAGAUGGAGAAGUUCCUGUGCGAGUUGCUGUUGGACUCAACCCAGCCAAUCUCCGAACGCUUCAGAGCACUCUUCUCUCUUCGCAACCUCAAAGGCCCCGCCCCUCGCACCGCCCUUAUUCUCGCGACAAGAGAUUCAUCAAAUUUGUUGGCACACGAAGCUGCAUUUGCAUUAGGGCAAAUGCAAGAACUCGAAGCCAUACCUGCUUUAACCUCAGUUCUUAAUGAUCUUUCCUUGCAUCCCAUUGUUCGCCAUGAGGCAGCUGAAGCACUAGGCGCUAUUGGUUCAGAUAGUAAUGUUUCUCUUUUGAAGCAUAGUUUGGAUUCUGAUCCAGCUCAAGAGGUUCGAGAAACAUGUCAAUUAGCUCUUCAACGUAUUCUCAAUUUAAAACAUGCUGCUGCUACUGAUGAUUCGACCGCACCUGGUAUUUCUCCGUUUAAGUCUGUUGAUCCUGCGGCACCGGCCAGCUCUUGUUCUUCAGUUAGUCAACUAAGGGAUUUACUUCUCGAUGAGGAAAAAGGGAUGUAUGAGCGCUAUGCAGCUCUUUUUUCACUUCGAAAUGAUGGCGGAAAUGAAGCUGUUGCUGCUAUUGUUGAUUCCUUGGGUUCCAAGAGUGCUUUACUGAAACAUGAGGUUGCAUAUGUUUUGGGCCAAUUGCAAGACAAAGCUGCUUCAGCUGCUCUAUCCAAUAUACUUAGAGAUGUGAAUGAGCAUCCAAUGGUUAGACAUGAGGCUGCUGAAGCUCUUGGUUCAAUUGCAGAUGACCAAAGUGUAUCCCUUCUUGAGGAAUUUUCGGCAGACCCAGAGCCUCUUGUUGCACAAAGUUGUCAAGUUGCUCUAAGCAUGCUAGAAUUUGAAAGAUCAGGGAAAUCGUUUGAGUUCCUGUUCAUGCGUACUCCAAUUGUACAUUAAAUGUUUUCUUAUGGUGAUGUAUUUCAAUGAUGUCAAGAAAUGAAGAGUCCGUAUGAGAUUGAAGUGACAAGGUCAGCAAAAUAACGUAGACAGAGAAAAACUGGUGGAUUUCUACAUUUCUUAACUCAAAGUUGAUUGAAUUAGGAAAAACUAGCCCUAUAAAACAAGGGUUGAACUGUGUUUUGUUAAUUUAUGACAAGAAACAUUUUGUGAUGAAUUGGAAGAAUAUUAUACUUGCCAAAAGUAAAGUCUACCUUUUAUUAUAGCUCUGCCACUGUGUGGUAGGAGACAUUUUAAUAUUAUUUACUUGUGGAAAAAUUGUAAAACUCUGGAUGCUUUAUAAUUCAUACUUCAUACCAAGAUUUGGCUGACAGCAGAAUUUGGGAUUUUGAUAAA